CGUCUUUCUCUCUGACUGCUGGAUUUGUAAAAAAUGUACACAAAGACACUGAUCUAUUGAGGAAUUGCCGGAUAAAUCCAAACAUGGCAGCUGUACAUUCAUUCAUUCUGUUUCAAAUGUUCUUCGGAUUUUUCCACCAAGGAAUGAUAAGUCGUGUACAGGCACAGAGGGAUCAUGCUGCUAAAGACUGCCGCUUUCUAAACUUUAAAAAAGGAGAUUUGAUCACGGUUUACUACAAACUCACUGGGAAAAGAAAUGAUCUCUGGGCAGGAAGUACAGAGAAGCUGUUCGGAUUGUUUCCAAAAGACGCCAUCAAAGUUGAUCAACUAUUUAUUGAUGAGAAAAGGGAAAUCCAGGUGCCGACUCAGGAAUUUGACUUCAUGUGCUUUGAUGAAAAUGGUUUAGUAAUUGAGCCCAGCACUGAAUUUGAUGAUCCAGAAGAUUUGAUACAAGAAACACGAGAAAAUGAUAUCAAUGAAGUCCACGAUACCCCUACCGAUAAUACAGAAGAGACUGAACCCAUCCAGAUUUCUCCUCAAGACGUUUCCAAUCAAAACGGCCCCGAGACGACAGAAAAAGGUGGGUCUUCGUGGAUAGGCUCUGCUGUUAGUGGAUGGUUUGGCAGGAAUGAACAAAGCAAUGAUGAACCACAGGAUGAAAGCAGCGAAGAAUCCUUCAAAAGCAGAAAAAUAGUGAUGGACAUCGAGGAGAGCCACGCUGAGGAGAAGGAAAACUCUGGAACAUUUGGGUGGCUCAGCGGUGAAUUGACCAAUGCUUUCGGAUUUGGUAACCAGGAUCUGAAGACUGACGCUCAGGAAAAUAUUGAUACUCCAACAGAUGAUAAGCAAACCAACUCCUGGAUGAGCAUGGGUAGAGAUGCCUUGGGCUUCGCUCAAGACAAUUCAGCUGAAACCGAAGCACAGAAAGCAGAAGAAAACACAAACAUGGAGGACCAGAGCUUAAUUAACCCCAAUCAGAGCAUGGAUUCGGUUGAAAACGACUCAGAUGAGGAAGAAAAUAAAAGAGUAGAGGAACAAACGGGGUGGUAUGGUGGUAUCUACAACCAAAUUACAAACCUUUACGGAGAAGAGCAAACUAAACAUGAUGAGAAUGUUGAUGAGAUCUCACCUGAGGAAAGAAACCCGGAAUUUACUACAGAUAUUGAGAACAUUGAAACCAAAGAGUCUGAAUCAAGUUCACAGUCCAUAUUUUCAGUCAGUGGCUUGGCAUCGGUUGUGAAGCUUCCGUUUCAGGCGGACGUGGUAGUAAAGACAGAUGAGGAAAAGACAGGAAAAGGUGAAGAUCCAGGUAAGGGAGAUUUUGAUGAGGAACAAAGUAAUGAGGAUCGAGAAGAAGAAGACAUGUUAACUGAUGUUAAUGAGCAAGACUCGGUCGCAACAGACACUGAUGUUUUUAGUGAAACUCAGUUGGUGUCUGAUAAAACCAAAACUAUGGCUGUUACUGAAUCUGAUAGCACUGAACAACUAGAUGGAAAGUCCAAUACAAGUGAAGAAAGCACAAAUAAUUUCAAUGCUGAUGUUAUAGUAGAAGAGGUGAAGCAAGAUGUGCAAAAUAAUGAGGCUGUAAAUAUAGGUAAGGAUGAUUUUAAUGAGAAACAAAAUACUAACAAGGAUCAAGUAGAAAUGUUGAUUGAUCUCAAUGAGGAAGACCAAAACCCAAAAGAUAUACUAGGUAAAACUCCUGACAAAACAAUGGCUCAUUUAAAAGAUAGCAUUGAAAUUGAUAGCACUAAACAAAUAAAAGAAAAAUCUAAUGUUUCAGAAGAGACCGCAGAUUCACAAAUCCUUGAAAGUAAGUCUGUAGAUAAUUUAAAUGAAGUUAAAAAUGAAUACAAUGCCGAUGUUUUAGAUGUGAAGCAAGAUAUUGAAAAUAAUGAGGAAAAUACAGCAAAGGAUGUAAAUAUAGGUAAGGAUGAAAACACUAGGAAGGAUCAAAAUGAAGAAAUUGUGAUUGAUGUUAAUGAGCAAGACUUAAAAACAACAGCCAGCGAUGUGUUUGGUGAAAACCAGCUUCUGUCUGAAGAAACAGGGGCUUUUUUAAAAGAUAGCGCUGAAUCUGAUAGCAGUGAACAGCUAGAUGAACAAUCUAAUAAGACUGAAGAAACAUUCACAGACUUACGAAUCCUGGAAAAGAAGUCUGAAGAUAAAAGUGAAAAAAGCGCUGAUGUUUUGGAGGUGGAGAAAGAUAUGAGAGAUAUGCAAAACUAUGAGGAAAAGUCAGCAAAAGAUGUCAUUUUAGGUAAGAAGGACUUUUUUGAGCAACUGAAUGUAAUGGAGGAUAAAAUGUCUGAUGCUGACGAGCUAGAAUCAAUCUCAGAGGCUGAUUUAAUCAGUGAAACUCACACAUUUGAUGAAACAAUGACUUCAAAAGACAGCGUUUCAUCUGACGGUAUUAGAGAACUCAAUGAUUCUUCACAAGACUCUAACAUCCAAAAUGAAGUUAAAUUGGCAGAUAAUUCAAUUGGUGGAGUUAUUCAGAGCGAAAACUACUUAACUGAUUCGGUUGAUGAGAUUUCACAAGCCAAACUGACACCAAAUCUAACUGAUCAAGACAAUUUAGACAUUACAAAACAGCAAGAAAAUGAUUAUGAUCGAUUUAAUCCAGAACGUAUCACUUCUGCUGAUAUAUCAGAACAAUUAGAGGUAGAGACACAUGAUCAGAAAUCAGAGGAAUUAAAUGUUUCCUAUUCGUACACUGACUCUCUAAUAGAGACGCUCAUAGUUACAGAAGAUGUAAAAGCAGAUGUGAUUUCAGAACUGAAUGUGUCAGAUGUUGUAUUAAAAAAUGAUAAUGAAAAACAAUUAGAUGGCAAAGAUGCAACAAAACAUGAUGGGUUACCUAUGGACAGAAAUGAUGAGUUAGUUAUGAAGAGGAAAGAUGAGUUGGUUAUAGACAAAAAUGAUGGGUUAGUUAUGGACAGAACAGUUGGAUUAGUAAAUGAUGAGCUAGUUAUGGACAUGAACGAUGGGUUAGAUACAGGCAAAAAUGAUGAAUCAGUUAUGGACAAAAAUGAUGGGUUAGUUACGGACAGAAAUGAUGGGUUAAUUAUGGACAGAAAUGAUGGGUUAGUAACAGACAAAAAUGAUGGGUUAGUUACAGACCAAAAUGAUGGGUUAGUUGCGAAUGGAAAUGAUGGGUUAGUUACAGACAGAAAUGAUGGGUUAGUUACGGACAGAAAUGAUGGGUUAGUUGCGAACGGAAAUGAUGGGUUAGUUAUGGACAGAAAUGAUGGGUUAGUUACGGACAGAAAUGAUGGGUUAGUUGCGAACGGAAAUGAUGGGUUAGUUAUGGACAGAAAUGAUGGGUUAGUUACAAACAGAAAUGAUGAGUUAGUUACGAACAAAAAUGAUGGGUUAGUUACGGACAGAAAUGAUGGGUUAAUUGCGAACGGAAAUAAUGGGUUAGUUAUGGACAGAAAUAAUGGGUUAGUUACGAAUAGAAAUGAUGGGUUAGAUACAGACAGAAAUGAUGGGUUAGUUAUGGACGGAAAUGAUGGUUUAGUUACGGACAGAAAUAAAGGGUUAGUAUUGGACAAAAAAGAUGAAUCACUUACAGACAAAAAUGAUCCACUAGUUAUGGACAAAAAUUAUGGGCUAGUUAUGGACAGAAAUUAUGAAUCAGCUAUGGACAGAAAUGAUGGGUUAGUUAUGGACAGAAAUGAAUCACUUAAAGACAAAAAUGAUGGGCUAGUUAAGGGCAGGAGUAAUGGAUUAGAAAUAGAACGAAAUUAUAAUUUAGCUACGAAUAGAAAUGAUAAUGUAGUUAUGGACAGAAAAGAAGCACAAUUAGUCGAGGCAUUGUCAAAAGACAUCAAAUUUGAUGAAGAAAAGUUACCAGAUUCAGAACCACUGGAUAUAAGCAAUGAAAACGAACUGAGCACAGAUAUAAAUUCACUUGAUGAAGGAAGAGAUCAAAUUGAUCUUGAGCCAAAUUCAUCUCCAAACCCCAUGAAUGAUGAGAUCAAUAAUACCAGUGAAUCGCAUGAUGGAUCUUUGGAGAAAGCAGGUUUAAGUAUUGUUAAAGACACUGAUUCAGAAAGCAAAUAUACAGAUGAGGUUGAAAUUCAUGAAGAACAAGAGGAACCAAGGACAGUUUCUGAACCCACAGAAAAUAAUUUUUACACCAAAGAGAUUAAGGAGGACACACAAAACACAAAUGGAUACACAAAAAGCACAUCGGAUGAAUUUGAAGUCUCAAAGAACGAUGGUCAUGAUCUUGACUUUCUAGAAAACACAGACAAUGAUAAAAUUUUUAACCCAGAUCAUCAUCCUGAAGACCUAAAUGGACAUACAGUGUUCACAGAAACUAAAUUAACAGGUCAUUUCUUCUCAGAGGAAGACCCAGUUCAGGAUGACAGUACUAAUAAUAACACGCUUGAUCAAAAUCAGACUGUAGAACACAAAGAGGACACUGCAAAUGAUGAAGAUCAUCAAACCGAUUCAGAAUAUGUCAGAAAACGGGAGAAAAGAGACACAGGCAUCAUCCAUGUUCAAAGUAAUGAUGCUGACAGUAAUGAUGCAGUGCAUUCACAAGAUAAACAAGAAGAGCAGCUUGGAAGACCAGAAAUUCAACACAAAAAGACUUUCAGUCAUUCUCCGGAAACCUCUAAAGUAUAUGAAAACUUACAUCCUCAUCUGAGCGAGGCGAACAUUCAAGAUCUGUCAGAUUUAUUUGGAGACCACAAGUUAUCAUGGCUCGAUUCCAAAAUGGAAAACACCCAUACGGGUCCAGAUAACAAUGAUCUCGAGGAACUCGGUGACUUUGAACAGCUGUUGGAAUAUUAUAUGAAGAUGAACACAAAACUGGGGCUUAUUCAGCAAGAUAACAGACCUGGCGAGGAUAAUGAUAAUAAUAAAGAAUAUCCUGCUCUACAAAAGCUGCUUACCCUCUUAUCUACUCUAAAAAAGAAAUAUUCAGCUGUGAUAGCAGAUAUCAAUGUAGAAAGACAAGGGAUCAGCAAAGAUGAAUGUGUUCAUGAAGCAUGUCUAGAUGUGAAUAAGGACACAGUAAUUUCUUCAAAAGAGGUUGAAAAUAAUCCAGUAAUUGCAGAAAUGCCUGAUAUAAAUGACUUGAGCAGUCCUCAAAAUGAGCCGGUUUCUCAGAAGAAGGAGAUUUCAUCAAAUAGAGCUAUUGUGAAGGAUGUUCAGACUGAGGAAAUAAGAAAGAAGGAGGAUUGGACAUCUUCUGAUAUCAAGAAAACUACUGCCCAAAACCACGUCCUGUUCUCUGAGGCGCUCGUUGAAUCACAAAAUGGGGAAGGGCAUUUCUAUAACAUGGCAAUUUUUGCUGAAGACACAAUUUAUAAAAUUGCAUCUAUAGUGGUCACGGUUGUGUCUUCACUUCCUGAUGACAUUCGGCCUGGUCCUGACUUGUAUGGACUGCCAUGGGAAGCUGUGUUUUUCACUGGAUUUUUAGGUUUAUGCAUACUGCUUCUGUUCACCUGCAGGUUCAUUCAGUCUAUCAAAAGUCGAUUAUAUGCAAGUAAAGAAAAGCAAAUGGCACAUAAAGUGGCUGAACUUCUUGACGAAAAGUGCAAAGUGCUUGAGACAUUCAGUGAGGUCAAACAGAAGUUUGAUAAACUAGAGUCCACACUGCAGAACAAUGGCAUGUCGGCACGAGCUGCAGAAAAAGAUACUUUAGAGGUGGCAUCCCAGAAACUUGAACAAUCAAAUGCUCAAAUGAAACAGGAAAUCGAAAGGCUACAAGAAGAGCUGUCUCAGCAAAACAAAGCAAGAAAACAGCAAGAGGAUCAGCUUGCCGAACUUGAGCAGAUUUUAAGGAAUUUAGAGGAGGAAGCUAAAGAGCGAAAGUCACAGUUAGAACAGGACAACACAACACUGAAGAUCCAUGAGAUCAAUACAGAGAGACUACAGAAAAACCUGCUGGCGGCAAAAGAAGAGCAUACAAUGCUGCUCGAGAGUAAAGAACAGUUAAUGCAGGAGGCGGAGGGCUGGGGCGAACGUCUUAGUGAGCUGGAGGAGGAGAUGAAAAUGUGUGAAAGAUCUCAUGCUGGCAUGAUGGAGGACUGUGCUAACAAAGAUGAUCGCAUCAAGUCACUCACAGAGUGUCUUUUGAAGAUGCGAGAUUGGGAUUCAGAGGACGAGACCAGCAUCGACGGCAGCACUACUAUAGCUGGUGCUGAGAACGGAGAUAGUUCAGAUUUCCAUCAGAAGCAAAAAGUACAGAAACUUAUAGAAGCAGCCAAGAUGAGUGCAGACUUGAAGUCCUUGGAGGAGGACAAGAACAGAGUGUUCGCCAAACUCGCAGAUGAAAUUAAAGCCAAAGAAGAUCUCCAUGAGGGGAUCAAACAGCUGGAGGAGCAGAAAGAGCUGUUGGUGUCCGAGAGUGCCAAUUAUUCAAGUGAAAGCCAGAAACUCCAGCAGAAACUCCAGAUCAUGACUGAGAUGUACCAGGAGAAUGAGCUUAAACUGCACAGGAUGUUGACAGUGGAGGAGAAGGAGCGUUUGCAGAAGGAGGAGAAGCUCAACAAGGCAGGCAAAAAGAUCAGUCUCGCUGCGGAGGAGCUCAACACUUACAGACAACGAGCUAAAGACCUAGAGGAUGAACUGGACCGGACUUCACAAGCUUUUAAGAAUCAGAUUUCUUCUCAUGAGAAAAAGGCUCAUGAUAACUGGCUUGCUGCAAGGGCAGCUGAUCGAGACCUGGCUGAUGUCAAGAGAGAAAACGCUCAUCUCCGCCAGAGGCUGACUGAUGCCCAGUUUAGGUUUGAUAUUCUUGAAAAGGACGUACGAGAGGGCAGACCUUUAUUUAGGGGUGAAAGAUCCCCUUAUGGACCCUCUCCUCUUGGCAGACCCUCCUCAGAAACACGGACUUUUCUGUCCCCACCGACACUAAUGGACGGACCACCUCGACUCUCACCACAGUUUAUAGGUCCAGGCAGAGCAUCCCGUGGUGUGGUAGAGCCCCCUAGUGGUGGGCCAGAAUUUGAGCGCAGUGGCCCUCAUUCUGAUAGUGGCUCGCUGUCUCCAUCCUGGGACAGAGAACGCAGGGGCCCUCCUGUCCCUCCAGGUCACCCUCUCCCAGAUCCGGGUUUGCCAUAUAGGAGGCCUCCUCCAGGUCCGUAUCCCAUGGGUCCUUUGCCUCCUAGACCUCCACUUCAUCCUGAGCAGUACUUUGGGGAUAAAUCAGAUUCAUCAUUUCUAAGGAACAGCUCAUCGAUCAGUGAACAUGAGGGCAGAGAUGUCCCUGGUGAUAUGAGGCUGCCGCCUGAUCCAGAUUCUCGAAUGGGACCUCUUCCUCCUCCCGGGCCUCCAUUAAUGUCAAUGCCUCCGUCGAUGGACCCAAGGGAUCCACAUUUUCCACACAGGGGCCCUUUUGGACCUCCGGAUUUCUUUCCUCCUCGUGGGCCUCCUGUUCUCCCUAUGGGCAUGCGCGGGCCGCUUCCUCCAGGAAUGUUUCCCCGAGCUCCAGUGCCGUUCCCUCAACACAUGGGCUUCCUGCCACCCAGAGCCCCAUCCGACAGCUUCACCCACGGACCUCCACCCAGACCCUCUCCACCCGGCAGCGAACAGCCACCAGACCAGCCACCGGCUCCUCACGACACCAUCUGAACACGACUUCCUGCAGACUGCAAACCACUUCCUGUUGACAUGCUCAGGGCUGCUUCAUGAAGCCACAGCAGUCUCGUGAUUACACUCUGGGCUCUCACCUAAAGGGAUAGUUCACUCAGAAAUGAGCGUUCUGUCAUUUACCCACCAUUCAAUUGUUCCUGAUUGAGUUUCUUUUCACAGGAGAUAUUUUGAAGAAUGUUCUGGUAGCCAUUGACUAGAUUAGUAGUGUUUUUUUUUCCUAUUAUGGGUGUCAGUGUAGACCAGUUUUCAACAUAUCCUAUUAAAAUAUCGUAAGAGGAAAUAAGGUUGGAGUAAAUUGUCAUUUUUGGGUGAACUGUCCCUUUAAGAGUGUAAGCAUGGUGAGUAAAUGGAGGAAGCUGACGUCUGUUUUUCAGGAACAGCAGAAGUGUGCAGCCUUUUGUUAUUUUAAUAAACCUGUAGUUAACUUAUAAAGUCAACAAGACUGCUAGAUGCUCAGGUUUGUGAUGUUAUUAUGCUUUUUUUUUAGUUGAUGAAAGGUCCUCAUGUUUGUCAAAUCGUGUAUAUAUAGGAUGUCUAAGAAGUAUAUAUUGUGAAUAGGAUGUCAUUGAAACAAGACUCUUGCUAACUAAUAAAUCCAACAACUGAGAACACAGAGAACCGUCCAUGUAGCGUAUAUAUAUUUAUAGUUUCUCAAAUAACAGCUCAUGCCUUAAUAUGUGGUCUGAUGAAAUUAUGUACGUUAAUAAUAAAGCCGCAACUGAAAAUGGAA